AUGCGCGAGCGCGCGGGGGCGCGCACGCAGCGUCAGGAGCGGCUGCUUCUGGUCGGAGGCGGUGUGGUGGUGGUGUCCGCCCCAGGCCCCGGCCCCGGCCAGCUGUGCUGCCUCCGGGAGGACGGCGAGCGCUGCGGCCGCGCCGCGGGCAACGCCAGCUUCAGCAAGAGGAUCCAGAAGAGCAUCUCGCAGAAGAAGGUCAAGAUCGACCUGGACAAGACCGCAAGGCAUCUUUAUAUCUGUGAUUUUCACAAAAACUUAAUUCAGAGUGUGCGGAACCGAAGAAAGAGGAAAGGGAGCGAUGAUGACGGAGGUGAUUCGCCUGUGCAGGAUAUUGAUACUCCAGAGGUUGAUUUAUAUCAGUUACAAGUAAACACUCUUAGGCGGUACAAAAGACACUUCAAGUUACAGACCAGACCAGGACUUAACAAAGCACAGCUUGUUGAGAUAAUUGGUUGCCACUUUAGGUCAAUUCCGGUGAAUGAAAAGGACACCCUAACGUAUUUCAUCUACUCUGUGAAGAAUGACAAGAAUAAGCCGGAUCUAAAGCUUGAGAGUGGCGUUCAUUAGAGAUGUAUCCAGAACUACUGUUUGGAUGUACAGAUAUUAAGACUGUUUCUGACAUGCAGAAACUUUUCUUUGUAUUUUUUUUUUUUCCACAGAGGACUGAUCUCUGGCUUUAUUUUUGGUCUUGGAAAUUAGUUGGAAGCACUCAUGUGAAAUGAGUGCUCCUAGAUCAAAUAUUUUAAAUAAAUGAUAUUGAUAUUGUAGUUA